UCGUCGAGUUAACGAUGGAGAAAAAAGUGAGCGGAAAAGCGGAAAAAUCGGUGGAGAGAAAUGGAAAAACCAAAGACGAGGAAGAAAGUCGGGCCCAACCGAGCGAUAAAUCACCGACCAGCGUAAGAGUCAACUUCGAGAUCGACCUCGUGUCGGUCUUUUUGCUGCUAUCGAGCAUAUCGACACGCUUCCAUCGUAUAAAGGAACCAGCUAGUAUUGUGUUCGACGAGUUGCAUUACGGAAAAUACGUGAGCCUGUACAUGAAGAAGACCUUUUUCUUCGACUCGCACCCUCCGCUUGGCAAACAGCUCGUGGCCGGUGCCGCCUACUUGACCGGCUUCGACGGGAACUUCAAGUUCGACAGAAUCGGCUCUCCCUACGCGGCCGAGGUCCCCCUGCUCGCGCUGAGAUUCCUGCCCGCCUUCUGCGGAAGCUUGCUCGUACCGACGGCUUACCACUUGGCCCUGGAACUGGGCCUGAAACAGUGGAGCGCCGUCAUCGCGGCUCUGCUGCUUCUUUUUGAUAACGCGCUCGUCACGCAAUCUCGAUUCAUCCUGAUGGAGAGUAUACUCAUCGAGUUCUCCCUCAUCGGCUUGCUCUGCGUGCUCAAGUUCCGCAAAGUCAUGGACAAGCCGGCGACGCUCGCGUGGUGGUUUUGGCUCGUCGCCGGACAAGUAAGCUUGACUUGCGCUCUCUGCGUCAAAUACGUCGGCUUUUAUACGCUGCUUCUUGCCUUGUACCUGAUUGGUCGGGACUACUGGUCGCUGAUCGCGAGAAAGACCCUGUCGACGAUGAUGCUGUACGUUCACUUGGUCGCAAGAAUAUGCGUGAUCGGAAUAGUCGUAGUUUCCGUUUACAUGGGCAUAUUUUACGUCCACCUGUCGAUUCUCACGAAAGCCGGGCCACACGAUUCCGUGAUGACUAGUGCCUUCCAGGCGAGCCUGGAGGGUGGCUUGGCGAGUAUCACUAAGGGCCAACCGGUCGAGGUCACGCACGGCUCACAGAUCACUCUGAGGCACACGUACGGCAGGGCCUGCUGGCUGCACAGUCACGACCAAAUGUAUCCUCUGCGCUAUGCCGACAACCGUGGUAGUUCCCAUCAGCAGCAGGUCACUUGUUACUCGUUCAAAGACGUGAACAACUGGUGGAUCGUCAAGAGACCGAAUGUCGACGACUUGGUUGUGACGAAGCCGAGCGAGCCCAUCCGACACGGUGAUAUUAUACAGUUGGUGCAUGGUAUCACGAGUCGUGCCCUCAAUUCCCACGACGUCGCGGCUCCGAUGACCCCGCAGAGCCAAGAAGUAUCCUGUUACAUUGAUUACAACGUGUCCAUGCCAGCUCAAAAUUUGUGGCGACUGGAAAUCGUGAAUAGAGAUCAGUUUGGAAACACUUGGCACGCGAUACAGUCGCAAGUGCGGUUGGUACACACAAACUCGAAUUGCGCUCUAAAGUUCAGCGGAAGACAAUUGCCAGACUGGGGAUUCAAUCAGCACGAAGUGGUGGCCGACAGGCACGUGGAUCAGUCGGAUUCCGUGUGGAACGUUGAGGAACAUCGUUAUACAAAAAAUGAGGAUCAAAAGCAGAGAGAAAGAGAAUUGCUCAACGCUGAAAUGAUUCCGCUCAAAGCUACAACACUGACGUUUUGGGAAAAAUUUUUGGAACUGCAAGCUAAAAUGCUGUUCAGUGGCCAUGAGGUGCAAAAUACCCACAUGUAUUCUAGUAGUCCAUUAGAAUGGCCCACGAUGACCAGAGGCAUUGCCUACUGGGUUUCCACGAAAAGCAAUGCACAAGUUUACCUGCUUGGUAACAUAAUUGUUUGGUACACUGGUACGUUGGCAGUUUUAUUCUACUUUGGUGCUUUAGUUUUUUAUCUUGCAAGACGACGAAGGAUGUGUCACGACAUUUGCGAACGCGAAUGGACUCGUUUUGUAUCUUUUGGUGAAGUUUUAUUCAUUGGCUACUUGCUACAUUAUUUACCAUUUUUUUUAACCGAACGGACUCUAUUUUUACAUCAUUAUUUACCGGCAUUUGUUUUCAAAGUACUCUUGACUUCCGCAACGGUGGAUCAUAUUUACUACGUAUUAAGGUACAAAUAUAAUUCAAAGACUGUCUUGAUAGCUUACACAUUGAGCAUUAUGUGCUGGGUCGUCUCUGUAAUGUACACCUUUUAUAAAUUUUCUGCUGUCAGUUACGGCAUCACGCCUCUAUCCGCAAAGGAAGUUAUGAAAUUAAAAUGGAACGAAGACUGGGACUUUAUUAUUCAUAAAACAUAG